CGGGGCUCCCUCCUCGGCGGGCUGGGCUGGAGGGAUGACAAAGCAGCCGUGGCGGCGGCCAGCCCAGCUCAGCCCUCCCCUUCCUUGUCCUCCUCCUCUUCCUCAGGCUGCCCAGCAGCGCCGCUGUUAUGGCAACCAGCCCGCCUCGCCGGAGGAGCCGAUGAUGGAGCAGCCACCAUGGCCCGAGCGGCGGCAGGAGCAGCGGCGGCGGGAACCGAGGGCGGCGGCGGUGGGAGCGGCGCGCCGGCCGCGGUGGCGGCCUCCGAGGAGCGGCCGUCGGGGGAGCCGGCGGAGCUGUCCCUGGAGGAGGUGCUGAAGUCUUACGAGCAGCCCAUCAACGAGGAGCAGGCCUGGGCCGUGUGCUUCCAGUGCUGCCGCGGGCUGCUGCAGCCCGGCCCCGUCGAGGAAGGCGCGCCCGAGCAGGAGGCGCGCCGCUGGGGGCCCGCCGGGCGCAUCCGCGACACCGCCGACAUCCGCCUGCACCGGGACGGCGCCGUCUCCGCCUGCGGCGAGUACGGCGUGGCCGAGCUCCCACUGACCUUGACACCCUCUGCUGAAGCCCAGAUGGUGCAGUCUCUCGGCUUUGCGAUCUACCGAGCGCUGGACUGGGGUCUGGAUGAGAAUGAGGAACGAGAGCUCAGCCCUGAACUGGAGCGGCUUAUUGACUUGAUGGCCAACAGCGAUUCAGAGGACAGUGGCUGUGCCACGGCAGACGAAGGCUAUGGCGGGCAGGAGGAGGAAGAGGAGGCCGUGGCGGAGGGCACCCUGAGGGCCGUGUGCACCUUCAGCCAAGCCAUGCGGCUAUGUGCUAUGCGCCUCACCCAGCCCCAGGAAGCUGAGGCCCACUACCAGGCUGUUUGCAGAGCCCUCUUCCUGGAGACGGUUGAACUGAAGGCUUUUCUGGCCAAGAUUCGCGAUGCCAAGGAGAUGCUGACGAAGCUGAAGGAUGAGGACGAGAAGCUGACGGACCGAUCAGCUGCAGAUCUAGACAACCUGAAGAACACAGACUGGGCUCGGCUGUGGGUCCAGCUAAUGAGGGAGCUCCGCAAUGGAGUCAAGCUCAAGAAGGUCCAGGAGAAGCAGUUCAACCCCUUGCCCACUGAGUACCAGCUGACGCCCUUUGAGAUGCUGAUGCAGGACAUCCGGGCCCGCAACUAUAAGCUCCGCAAGGUCAUGGUGGACGGCGACAUUCCUCCCAAGGUGAAGAAGGAUGCGCAUGAGCUUAUCCUUGACUUCAUAAGAUCUCGGCCACCCCUGAGACAGGCUUCGGAACGGAGGCUGCGCCCCAUUCCUCAGAAACAGAGGACGCUCCAUGAGAAAAUCCUGGAGGAGAUCAAGCAGGAAAGGAAGCUCCGACCUGUGGCAUCCCGGCACCAGAAUCAGAAAGGGUUUGGCUCCCUCCCCUGCAUCCUGAAUGCCUGCUCCAGCAAUGUGACCUCAACUUCCUGCAUCAACCUCUCAGAUGUCUCCGACGCCAAUGCCCUGCCCCAGCGCCAGAGGCCGAGGGUCUUGCUGAAGGCUCCCACGCUGGCAGAGAUGGAGGAGAUGUUGACCUCGGAGGAGGAAGACUCUCCAAGCUCUGAGGCUGUACAGGAACCAGGUCCACUGAUGCCCCUGAAGCGUGACCGCUCUUUCUCGGAGCAAGACUUGGCCCAGUUUCAGAGCGAAAGCGGUGGGGGCCAGCCUGACUCAGAGUAUUUGGGACCCAGCGGGUCUGAACCGAGACCCCGCUCAGGUUCAGUUCCAGCCAGCUACCAGCAGGCUCCCUGUGGUGCCAGUCCUUUCCCCCCCAAGCAUGGCGUCCUCAGCUCUGUGGACGAGAAGUCAGAGGCUGGUUCCAGUACUGCCCCAGAUGUCAACUUGAAAUAUUUGUGGCUGCAAGAGUUCAGCCACCCUGUGGAGAGCCUGGCACUCACUGUGGAGGAGAUGAUCAAUGUGCGGCGGGUGUUGGUCAAAGCAGAGAUGGAGAAGUUCUUGCAGAGCAAGGAGCUGUACAGCAGCCUAAAGAAAGGGAAGAUCUGCUGCUGCUGCAAAACCAAGUUUGCUCUGUUUUCCUGGCCCCCAACUUGCCUGUUCUGCAAGAGGUCUGUCUGCAGCUCCUGUAGUCUAAAGAUCAAGAUGCCUUCAAAGAAGCUUGCCCAUAUCCCGGUCUAUGCCCUGGGCUUUGACCCUUCCAGGCUCAUUGGGUACAAGGGCACCCCAUUCCGGAGGAGGGAGGCUUUCCACUCCUUGCAGGGCACGCGCUGGCGCAGCGUGGAGGAGGAAUUCCCGUACAUCUAUGCGCAUGGCUCUGUGCUCAAGGAUGUUUGCAGCGACUGUUCCGGGUUCGUCACGGAUGUCGUCAGCUCCAGCCGCAAGAGCAUGGACAUCCUGAACACCACCCCGUGCAGGAGCCGCAAGACCCAGUCCCUUUACAUCCCUUCCAGUUAAAUGACACGCCUCUGCUGCUGGUCUCCUCCACAACCCCCCUGCCCUCUGCACCCAACCUUCAUUCUUUGAUCCUCUGUAUUUUCCAGCCCCCAGCAAGGAGGAUGCAGGUGCUCUCUGGCCAAGGAAGCUUCAGCUGGCUUUGUCUGGACUUGUUGCCUCCUGGCUUCCUUGCUUCUCUGUCCAGCCCAUCUCCUCCUUUCCCUCCAUCCCAGCCUCCCGUGAACAUCCCCUGCCUGGCCUGCGUGCGUGUGUACAUAUAUACAUAACCUUAUAGAGACACUAUAUUUAUAUCUGUCGAUCAGCUGCUGUGGUCCAUGGGCUACGUUUGGGCUGGGAAUGCCCCUGCUUGGCAAACGAGGACUCUGCUGAAGUCUUCCUAACCACCCACCUUUUUUGGAUUGUAAGAAAGAUGGAUUUGGGGCAGGAUAAUUCCAGAGAGUUUGGAAGCCUGGCCAUCUCAGUUGCUGCAAAUGCAACCUAGAAAUCCCAGAUGCAGCCACCCCAGAGGUUGACCUUGUUCCCUUGAGGGCUCUGCCCUUUCAGUCAUACUAGUAAGAGAAGCUCUCUCUGAGAUGUCUUACUUGUGCAGCUUCUAGUCUUAUGGGAAGCAGGCCCAUUGUGCCAUGACCUGUCUGCUGCUUUCCAGUAUCUUCCUCCAAGCUGUUUCUCCCCCCCCCCCUUUCUUGGUGAUGUCUUGAUUAUCUGCUCCCUCCCAGCACCAAGCAGCAGGAGGUGCUUUUUAAAAUGUGUUCAGACUAUCAUUUUCUGUUUUCUAAUCCCUGGUUUUUUUGGGCUCCUUGGGUUUAGGAGGCAAGGGGUAAUUUUUGUAAUCAUUUAGACAAAGGCUGAACAUUUCCCCCACAGUGGGUUUUGUGUGGCUGUCAGAACUACAGUUGGGGGGGUUGCAUGGCUGCUAGGGAAGAGCCAGGCACCAACAAGACUAUCAGCUGUGUGUGGCAGGAUCCUGAUGGCAAUGUCUCCUCAUGCAGAACAGGACUCUGGCUCUCCAAAGGCUGAUAAGAUGAGCAGUCUAUUUCCACAUGUCUCAUUCCCCCACUCCAUUCAGGAUUGCCUUGAAAAUAGAAAACAGAGGUGCACAAAGGAGCUCUCCCUGUGAGGACAGAAUGAAAGCCCGAUCCAGCCUAUGCCAGGCCUGGGCUAGGGUCUCGCUUCUGCCCUUAAGAGAAUUUGGAGAGAGGAGAUUGGGAUAUGCAGGGCUGCCCCAGAGUCUUUCAACCACCUUCCCUGUCAAGCCUGCUGCUGUGGUGGCCAGCACAUGUAAAUUGGCUGUGCCAAGGCAUCCUGAGCUCAUCUUCCCUUGAUAGCUAAUUUCCAAACCCUGGAAGCACCCUAAAAACAGAGGCUGUAAAUACAAAAUCCACAGCCCUAAUAUGCCAAAUUAGCACAUCAGCACUAUACAUUUAAAGCACUAUGAUACUACUUUAAAUAGUCUUGGCUUCCCCCAGUGGCGUAGCAUGGGUUGUCAGCACCCGGGGAAAGGCAA